AUGUUUGGAAUAGAUGUGGCGUGUGAUGAAGCCAGAAAUGAUAUAUUUUUGAAUUGUUUCCGCACAACUGCUCGAGACGACAAUUUGGUAACACCAAUGGCAUUGCCAUAUUUUGAAGGCGAUUUCUGGCCGAAUGUAAUUGAAGAUUGCAUUCGAGAAGUCCAGAACGAGGAGCUCGAACGUAAACGACUUGAAGAAGCGGCACGACAGGAACAGCUAAAUGCCGAAGAUGAAGACGGCGACGAUGUGGUACAUGAUGGCGACAGUGGAAAGACCAAGAAAAAUAGAUCGAUGAAUGGUAACAGAGUCAAGUUUGAUUUCAGUAAGAAAAAGAAUAACUUGAAAAAAGGGAGCUCCAAGAACAAGAAAAAGGUUUGUUCGCAAACCGGCAAUGAAGUAACCGACAAAUUGUACGUUAAUUUUGAAAAGCAUAAAGAAGUGUUUUUCACCAUCCGACUAAUGUCACCUCAGUCGGAACUAUCUGCACAGAACAACGAAAUCAAGGAUCCAGAUCCACUGAUACCGAGUGAUUUGAUGGACGGGCGUGACACAUUUUUGACACGUGCCCGUGAUGAGCAUUGGGAAUUUUCAUCAUUGCGACUGGGUUCGGAUAUGAUGAAAAUUCGAUUUUCGCAUUCUGUCAUUUGUAAUACAUCCGAUUUGUUUGUUGUACGGCUAAAUUUGCGCUUGCAGCGCUGCAUCCAAUCGCUGGUGCAUGCCUGUCAGUGUCGCGAUGCGAACUGUCGCCGCUCAACAUGUCAUAAGAUGAAACGUGUUGUGCAGCAUACCAAGGUACCGUUCUGCUUGAAUAUUCGUCAGAAGCUGCAAGAGCAACGCAGAUCGCAGAAUCGUCGCGCUGAUAUGAUGAUGCGCCGACGUAUGGAUAUGCUUUCCAGCGGAUAUGGCGGGACCAAUUCUACUGCUCCCGCACAAUCGACUGGUCAGUCAUUAUGGAGUCGCUGUGCUUAG